AUCUACUUUGUAGGUUCGUGACUGCGGCAAGAAAAAAAAAAUACAGUGUACUGCUGUCAUCGAAGGACCGAGAGGCUGUCUCUUCCAGAAAUAGGCAUAGUCGCCCAAAAAAAAAAAACAUAUACUGUGAUACCAUAGUUGUUAUUGCGUUCCUGGGCUGAAGAUCACUUGGACCUAUCGUAUAUUCAGUUAAAUCUAGCUAUUGUAGCUAGCUAGCGGCUUUGUUACCUGAAAUCCUCUUAACACUACAACCAUGGCGCUCAGUGAUGCCGACGUACAGAAGCAGAUCAAGCAUAUGAUGGCCUUCAUUGAGCAGGAGGCCAAUGAGAAGGCAGAAGAAAUCGAUGCCAAGGCUGAAGAGGAGUUCAACAUCGAGAAGGGUCGCCUGGUGCAGACCCAGAGGCUUAAGAUCAUGGAGUACUACGAGAAGAAGGAGAAGCAGAUCGAGCAGCAGAAGAAAAUACAGAUGUCCAAUCUGAUGAACCAGGCUAGGCUGAAGGUGCUGAAGGCUCGUGACGACAUGAUCUCGGAUCUGUUAAACGAGGCUCGGCAGAGACUGGCCAAAGUUGCCAAUGACCCUACGAGGUACCAGGGUCUGAUGGACGGUCUUAUUCUUCAGGGCUUUUAUCAGCUGCUGGAGCCCAAAGUGACCAUCCGCUGUCGUAAGCAAGACGUGGCCAUGGUGCAGGCUGCUAUUCAGAAAAACACCCCGAUCUACCAAGCGUCUGUAAAGAACAACAUCGAGGCCCGCAUUGAUCAGCAAAACUUCCUGGCCCCAGACAUCUCUGGAGGCAUUGAGAUCUACAAUGCUGAUGGGAAGAUAAAGGUGUCUAACACCCUGGAGAGCAGGCUGAACCUUAUGGCCCAGCAGAUGAUGCCUGAGAUUCGAGUGGCGCUGUUCGGUGCCAACCAGAACCGCAAGUUCCUGGAUUAAUGGACCACAGGGUUCAGUGUCGGAGCUGGUGGGGACAAACGCAACACGUGCUUUCGACCGUGUCCUUUUAUUUGAAUAUAAUGUGUACCGGAUUCCAUUCCUGUGUCAGUGUUGUAGAGGUACAAAGUGUGAUUGGCCCUCCCAGUCCAUUGUUUUGUGAUGGUUUUGUCCAUUUGUGUUUCUUAAUUUCAUUUGCUUUUGUUUCUCAGAGAGAAUAAAUGAAUAAAGAGGAUACAUAAGAACGGUUGAGCAGGAACCAUGUAUUCGUUGACAGGGAGCCUUUUUUGCACUGGGAACCGCAUUCUCUGCCGUACUGAUCCUAUGAGAAGGGGACGGGGUGGUGUUGGGGACUGUGGGGCGGUCGGAGGCGAACCAGUUCAGACCGGUUGAUUCUCUGUGAUGCAGACGGUGGUUCUCAAGUUUCAGUACUAAAGAUCAGCCUGUUCCCUCGCAUGUCCCUAGAUACAGCCUCCCCAGUCAUGCGGUGUGAUAUAGCAUCCCAUCUCCGCAUUGCCCAGCACGUGGGCCCGAGCGUUCCUCUGGGAGUGCCGUUUCCUGCCUCUUCUGGGCAGAAUCCCUGUAUUAUUUGUCUGUAUAAAACGGCAGCCAUGUGCAUUAAAUACCUUCCUCACCCAGUGCACACUACCCGGGGUGAUCCAGCUGUCGUUUACACAAUGAAGGCCGCUGCAAUGAGCUGAUGGGAGAUGCAGUUCCAUUUUCUGGUCCUUGAAGAAAAAACUUCAACAUCAUCUGUGGUCCUAUUCCAUCUACAUGUUGUUCGUGCUCAAACACUCCCCUUGUCUUAAGUACAUGUGUCUUGACAAUUUGCAUCACUAUGUAUUUUAUGAAAUGGGAUGGUUGUCUUAUUUUUUUGUGAAAUACUGGGUGUACAUGUGGUUUCAAAUAUAUUAGAAUAUGUAGCUCCCAAUGCUUUUUUAAAUAUGUUGCUUAGUGUUGGGACAUUGACAUCUACAAAGGAUAUACUGGUAAUUAUUGAUGUGAAAAUAUACAUACAAAAAAAAGAACAUUUGUGUCUGUUGCCUGUUUUUCCUGCUACUAAAAACCAAACGUUUUAAAAUGUUCAGACAGAA